CAAACCCACUUUUAAAUGCCUCCAUUUCCAAGCUCCCAACCACCUCCCCAUUCUCUUCAAUUCCAAAAUCCCUCCACCGCCGGAGAAAUGAAUCCGCUCGCCGCCGCCGUCGCCGCCGCCGCGCUCCUCUGCCUCGGAAUGGCCUCCGCCGCCGACAACUCGCUGGCGACCAAGUGCGCGGCGGAGUUCCAGAAGGUGACGCAGUGCCUCCCCUUCGCCACGAACAAAGCCGCGGAGCCGAGCAAGCAGUGCUGCGACGCCGUAGCCGAGCUGAAGAACACCGAUCCGGCUUGCCUAUGCUUUAUAAUUCAGCAGAUCCACAACGGCUCCAACGAAGCCGUCAAGAGCAUGGGCGUGCAGGAGGAGCGCCUCCUCCAGCUCCCCUCCGCCUGCAAAUUGGCCAACGCCAGCGUCGCCGAAUGCCCCAAGCUUCUGCACUUGGCGCCGAACUCGCCUGACGCGGCGAUCUUCAACAAUGUCACGGCGGCGCCGACCACCGCCGCGCCUUCUGGCGGCGGCGGUUCAUCCGCGCCUGCAAAAGAUGAUGGGAUUCGGCUGGAGCCGCAACUGAUCGGAUGUGUGGUGGUCGCCGCCGCAGCAUUGUUGUUGGUCGGAUUUCCCGGCGCCGGCGCCGGCGUGAUUUGAGUUUGGGGAUUUUUUGGUGUAUUAAGGCGAUGUUUGUUUACAUUUGAUUAAUGUGAUGUCAUGUGUUUUUCACUUCAUUUAGAUCUAUGAUUAUUAUUAUUAUUAUUAUUAUUAAUUAGCUUUUUGUUGACUUUAUUAGACCUCGAUUUGCACAUUUCAAGUAUAAUGGAGUAAUAAUAAAGUAAUUUUCAUGUCCUCUA